AUUGCGAGAUAGAAUAUCCGGUUCUGACUCUGCUCUCGAUUUUUAAAAUCUUUUUCACCCCAAAUUUUAUUUCAACUUAACCUUUUACUGAUAAUAAAACUGCAGAAAAUUCAAAUAAUCAAAAUGGAAAAAAUGUCACUGAGAGAUAUCGGUUUAAUGUACGACGAACAGUUCAACAGAAAAAUGAAGAUAGCUAAAUUUUUGCUCAAGAAUUUAGGCAAUAAGAAAGAGAUACAAUUGGCAACUAAAUGGCUUAUCAGAGUAAGCAACAUAAAAUCAGCCGACUUGGAAGUAAAGAAAAAUAGGAACGCUUUUCUGUCGUACGUGGUGAAAGUUCUGCGCGACGGCGUUCUGCGUGGCUGUUUAGAGUCUGAGCCAGAUUUACUCUGUGAUCCGGAUAAUAGUUUGGCUUUUUUGGAUUACCCGGAUGAAUUCACUGGCAAGUCCGCGGAAGAAAUUUUAAAAGACACGGUCAAUCAGCCGACGAUUCAGUUCCACUCAAAAUGGUCUGAGGAUCACAGAACGUACGUGGCGGUAAAGCCGAUACCAGGACGAGGAGCUCUUGUGUAUAUGGCUGUGUCAAAGAAACCAGGCAUGCAGAAUUGGGACCUUCCUUCUCUCAAGAAAGCCCCACAAGAUUAGCGUUUAUUAGAUCAAUUUCAUUAUAUCAUCUUGGAAUUAGUAAUGUAGAUAUUGCCGGUUAUAUGUAAUGUAUUAUAGCAUGAUUAAGAAAUAAUCAUAAAAUGUAAUACUUGUGAAAUGCUUUGACACAAUGUUGAAUAAAGUAUAAAGUAUAUAGAA